CAAUCCUGCCAAGAAUUCAGCGAGCUCGCGAGCGAAGAAAUCCCUUGAACAGUCUCAGAUCUCGAGUUCUAGGUUAGGUUUCGUCGGAUUUUUUUUUCGUUGUUCGAUCUUCCUGUUCGUGUGCGAGAUGGCGAAGGGAGAGGGCCCGGCGAUUGGCAUCGACCUCGGCACCACCUACUCGUGCGUCGGCGUGUGGCAGCACGACCGGGUGGAGAUCAUCGCCAACGACCAGGGGAACCGCACCACGCCGUCGUAUGUGGCGUUCACCGACUCCGAGCGGCUCAUCGGCGACGCCGCUAAGAACCAGGUCGCCAUGAACCCCACCAACACCGUCUUCGAUGCCAAGCGACUGAUCGGUAGGAGGUACUCUGAUCCGUCCGUGCAGAGCGACAUGAAGCUGUGGCCGUUCAAGGUUAUCCCUGGCCCCGGCGACAAGCCUAUGAUCGUGGUGCAGUACAAGGGCGAAGAGAAGCAGUUCUCCGCCGAGGAGAUCUCCUCCAUGGUGCUCAUCAAGAUGAAGGAGAUCGCUGAAGCCUACCUGGGGUCCACUAUCAAGAACGCGGUGGUGACUGUGCCUGCCUACUUCAACGACUCGCAGCGGCAGGCCACCAAGGACGCUGGUGUCAUUGGCGGCCUCAACGUGAUGCGCAUCAUCAACGAGCCCACCGCUGCGGCCAUUGCCUACGGUCUCGACAAGAAGGCCACCAGCUCCGGUGAGAAGAAUGUGCUCAUCUUCGACCUUGGCGGUGGCACGUUUGAUGUGUCGCUGCUCACCAUUGAGGAGGGCAUUUUCGAGGUGAAGGCCACUGCUGGUGACACCCACCUUGGCGGUGAGGACUUCGACAACCGCAUGGUGAACCAUUUUGUCCAGGAGUUCAAGCGCAAGAACAAGAAGGACAUCAGCGGCAACCCUCGCGCCCUGCGUCGGCUUCGUACGGCUUGCGAGCGCGCCAAGCGCACGCUGUCGUCGACUGCACAGACCACCAUUGAGAUCGACUCCCUGUACGAGGGCAUCGAUUUCUACUCGACCAUCACCAGGGCUCGCUUCGAGGAGCUCAACAUGGACCUGUUCCGCAAGUGCAUGGAGCCAGUGGAGAAGUGCCUGCGCGAUGCCAAGAUGGACAAGAGCAGCGUGCACGAUGUCGUGCUCGUCGGUGGCUCCACCCGUAUCCCGAAGGUACAGCAGCUGCUUCAGGACUUCUUCAACGGCAAGGAGCUGUGCAAGAGCAUCAACCCUGACGAGGCCGUGGCCUACGGCGCCGCUGUCCAGGCCGCCAUUCUCAGCGGCGAGGGCAACGAGAAGGUGCAGGACCUGCUUCUGCUCGACGUCACGCCGCUGUCCCUGGGUCUCGAGACAGCGGGAGGCGUCAUGACUGUCCUCAUCCCGAGGAACACCACUAUCCCCACCAAGAAGGAGCAGGUGUUCUCGACGUACUCCGACAAUCAGCCUGGCGUCCUGAUCCAGGUGUACGAGGGUGAGCGUGCCCGGACCAAGGACAACAACCUUCUGGGCAAGUUCGAGCUCUCCGGCAUCCCUCCAGCUCCCCGUGGCGUGCCCCAGAUCACUGUCUGUUUUGAUAUUGACGCCAACGGCAUUCUCAACGUCUCUGCUGAGGACAAGACCACCGGGCAGAAGAACAAGAUCACCAUCACCAACGACAAGGGCAGGCUGAGCAAGGAGGAGAUUGAGAAGAUGGUGCAGGAGGCCGAGAAGUACAAGGCGGAGGACGAGGAGCACAAGAAGAAGGUGGACGCCAAGAACUCGCUCGAGAACUACGCCUACAACAUGAGGAACACUAUCAAGGACGACAAGAUCGCCUCAAAGCUCUCUGCGGACGACAAGAAGAAGAUCGAGGACGCCAUCGACGGCGCCAUCAACUGGCUCGACGGCAACCAGCUCGCCGAGGCGGACGAGUUUGAGGACAAGAUGAAGGAGCUCGAGAGCAUCUGCAACCCCAUCAUCGCGAAGAUGUACCAGGGCGCCGGCCCGGACAUGGGCGGCGCCACUGGCAUGGACGAGGACGUGCCGGCCGGUGGCAGCGGUGCAGGACCCAAGAUCGAGGAGGUCGAUUAAGCUGGCGGUGGUCCGAUGGUGAUUCCGGCACGCAGGGAGUGUGGAAGUUUUAACCCGGGUGAUGUUGUUGGGUUCAGUGUCGUGUGAGAUCUGUGCUCACAACUUUUGGAAGUCUGUAUUGCCAUAUGGUGUUACCUGAACUUGCCCUAUGGUUUUACCUGAACUUGCCCUGAAAUAGUUAAGUUUCGAC